AUGGAUCGAGAUAAUGGCGACGGUGACAUUGAAGGCGGCGAUGACGGUUUUCGCUCGCCGAUUGGCCGCCAGUAUCGCCCUGUGUUGGCCAACGAUCGAGCGGUGCUCGAAAUGUCUUCCAUGGAUCCUGGAUCUACUUCUUCUUCUUCCACUGCUGCAUUUGCAGAUCAUCCUCCUAAUCUCAGAAAAGUAAAAACUAGUGUUUCGGAUGCUAAAGAAGGGAACGCUUCUCAUCAACAGCAGCCUAAUGGAUCCCAGCAGCAGGAAUCUAAACUGGAACUAUUCGGGUUUGAUUCUCUUGUCAACAUUCUUGGUCUCAAAAGUAUGACUGGUGAGCAGAUUGGACAACCAUCCAGUCCUAGAGAUGGUGAGGAUAUAUCCAUCACUGCUGGCUUGCCAAAGCCUGCUGCUCCCAAACUUGGUACAAUGAUGGCUGUACUGAAGUUUGUGGUCCAUAGUUGUAUUAAGGGUGGUGGCAUGUCUGACUUACAAAGGGGUUCGGAUGAUUCAUACUCCCUCCCCCACCUCUUAACUCUUGUGGAUACCUUAUGGAUUGUUGGCAUGGCUGGCGUAGGAGAAACACUGUUGCUUGUUGCUUUAUGUGGGACCUGUACAUUCCUUACUUCAAUAUCAUUGAGUGCUAUUGCAACCAAUGGUGCCAUGAAGGGUGGGGGACCUUACUAUCUAAUUGGUCGUGCCCUUGGUCCUGAAGUUGGAGUAAGCAUUGGUCUAUGCUUCUUCCUUGGAAAUGCUGUUGCUGGAGCACUUUACGUAUUGGGAGCUGUAGAAACAUUUCUCAAAGCAGUUCCUGCUGCUGGGAUUUUUAGAGAGACUGUCACACAAGUUAAUGGGACUGCAGUUGCACAACCAAUAGAGAGUCCAAGUGCUCAUGACUUGCAAAUAUAUGGGAUUGUUGUGACUAUUUUGUUAUGCUUUAUUGUAUUUGGAGGAGUGAAGAUGAUAAAUCGGGUUGCACCUGCUUUUCUGAUACCUGUUUUAUUUUCAGUCGUCUGCAUAUUUUUGGGAAUUUUUUUGGCAAGGAAGGAUCAUCCUACAGAGGGAAUUUCUGGGCUGAGUUCAGAGACAUUUAGAGAAAAUUGGAGUUCAGAUUAUCAGAAGACUAAUGAUGCUGGAAUUCCACAAACUGAUGGCUCGUUAGGGCAACCUAGUGCACAAGGUUCCCAAGUCAAGUCAGGGAGUUAUACUUAUAUAGCUUCAACUCCAAGAGAUGAUGUUUCUAGGAUUCAACCUAUGAUUUCCAGACCCACAAUGCUAAAUGGUAUAGCAGAAUUUGAUUGUCCACUAUCCGCUAUUGACAACACUGAGUACAAUGAUAUUUCACUGGUGGGCCUCUUUUUCCCUGCUGUGACGGGAAUAAUGGCAGGUUCUAAUCGAUCAUCUUCUCUGAAAGAUACUCAGCGAUCAAUUCCUGUUGGAACUUUAGCUGCAACUCUUGUAACUACUCUUCUGUAUCUUGUUUCUUUGGUGUUGUUUGGGUCCGUUGCCAGCAGACAGAAGCUUUUAACCGACAGGCUACUCACAGCUACAAUUGCCUGGCCUUUUCCUUCAUUAAUUAAAAUUGGAAUUAUUCUUUCAACUAUGGGUGCUGCUCUUCAGAGCCUGACUGGUGCCCCGCGUUUGCUUGCAGCAAUAGCCAAUGAUGAUAUUUUACCUAUUCUGAACUACUUUAAAGUUGCAGAUGGCAGUGAACCCCAUGUUGCUACCUUGUUUACUGCUUUCUUAUGUGUUGGAUGUGUUAUUAUUGGGAAUCUGGAUCUUAUCACUCCAACUGUGACCAUGUUUUUCCUUCUAUGUUACACUGGUGUCAACUUAUCCUGCUUCCUUCUCGAUCUUCUAGAUGCCCCUAGUUGGCGUCCUCGGUGGAAAUUUCACCAUUGGAGUAUGUCCCUUGUGGGAGCAUUACUUUGCAUAGUGAUCAUGUUCCUAAUCUCUUGGUCAUUCACGGUGGUGUCUUUGGCCCUUGCAAGCCUCAUAUAUAAGUACGUAAGCAUUAAAGGAAAGGCUGGAGAUUGGGGAGAUGGUUUCAAAAGUGCCUAUUUCCAACUAGCACUUCGCAGCCUUCGGUCCCUAGGAGCAAACAGCCAAGUGCACCCAAAGAAUUGGUAUCCAAUUCCACUAAUAUUUUGCCGACCCUGGGGCAAACUGCCAGAAAAUGUUCCCUGUCAUCCCAAACUUGCAGAUUUCGCUAAUUGCAUGAAGAAGAAAGGUCGAGGAAUGUCCAUAUUUGUCUCUAUACUAGAUGGUGAUUACCAUGAAUGUGCUGAAGAUGCCAAAUCUGCUUGUAAACAACUUAACACCUACAUUAAUUACAAAAAUUGUGAAGGUGUGGCUGAGAUUGUUGUAGCCCCUAACAUGUCUGAAGGCUUCCGUGCGAUUGUUCAGACAAUGGGCCUUGGCAAUCUCAAGCCAAACAUUGUGGUAAUGCGUUACCCAGAAAUUUGGCGUAGGGAAAACUUGACAGAAAUCCCUGCCACCUUUGUAGGGAUAAUCAGUGAUUGCAUUGUUGCAAACAAAGCUGUGGUUAUCGUUAAGGGUCUUGAUGAAUGGCCGAAUGAGUACCAGAGGCAGUAUGGUACAAUUGAUUUGUAUUGGAUUGUAAGAGAUGGUGGUCUCAUGUUGCUGCUCUCUCAGCUUCUUCUUACCAAAGCGAGCUUUGAGAAUUGCAAGAUUCAGGUCUUUUGUAUUGCAGAAGACGAAGGAGAUGCAGAGGGGCUUAAAGCAGAUGUAAAAAAAUUCCUUUAUGAUCUUCGGAUGCAAGCGGAAGUCUUUGUCAUAACAAUAAAAUGGGAUGCACAGAUGGAUGGUGGUGGCGGGUCUCCACAAGACGAGUCAACGGAAGCAUUUACUAGUGCUCAGCUGAGAAUUGAUGAUUACUUAACCGAAAUGAAGCAGAGAGCAGAGAGAGAAGGUAAUCCUCUAAUGGCAGAUGGUAAGCCUGUGGUUGUGAACGAGAAGCAGGUUGAGAAGUUUCUUUACACAACACUUAAGCUCAAUUCAAUAAUUUUGAGAUAUUCAAGAAUGGCCGCUGUUGUGUUGGUAAGUCUGCCUCCACCUCCAGUGAGUCACCCAGCAUACUUCUAUAUGGAAUACAUGGAUUUGUUGCUGGAGAAUGUACCUAGGAUUUUGAUUGUAAGAGGUUAUCGUAGAGACGUUGUAACUCUAUUCACGUAG